AUGGAUGUUUGGCACCAAAUCUGCUGCUGCUCCUGUGAACAAGAAGAGCCAGAGAACAAUCCGCUCCUCAGUGAGAUGCUCCGGUACUUCGAUCAGCUGGGGAAGCGCAAACAGGCCCAGGCCACCAACCUGUGGAACGAGCCCGCGGACGACACCCACAUGGAGCGCGACGACGACCGCGAGCUCUACAACCUGCUGCAGAAACGGGCCAGGCUACGCCAGGGCUCGGAGGGCUACCGACGCCUGAGCUUCGACAUCAGCGCCCACCGCCAAAUCCGCCGUGAGGUGAAGGACCGAUGGAGGCAGAUCCUAGAGGUCCUGGGGUUCAGCACCGAGGCAGACGGCUUGCUCGACAUCACCUCCACGGCCUCCUACAGCUCCCUGCGCCAGCCCCUGCAGGCCCGCCAGCUCCUCACCGCCCUGGCCGAGCAGACCAGCCUCUUCGACCGCCACUGCAGCCUCCCCGAGCGAUACCUCUUCGUCCUGGACCGGCUGCUCAUCCUGGAUGCCGGGGAUGACUUCCUCUCCGCUGCCCGCUGCUACUACCCCCUGGAGGCCGAGGAGGGGCCCCCCAGCGAGGAGGAGCCCCCCAGCCAGGAGGCCGUGCUGGUGACGCUGAGCCCGGCACCCCAAGGCGGGGAAGAGGAGGAGGAAGAGGAGGAGGCCGCAGUGAUGGAUGAAGAGUCCCUGUUGGUCAAGCUGAUAGAGUGA